ACGUAAAGUGGUUUUUUGAUGCGCGCGCCAUCAAUGUCUCGGGAGAAGGCUCUCGAGCUCACGACGUGAACGCGAGUCUCUUUUGACCCACAAAAACAAGCUGAGGACUCGGUCGCUGGCGCGUUUUACCCAUUCCUCACGGUCACGAGAGUCUGGAAGGACGGACGGAAGAUCAGAAGAUGCAGACCAGCGUCGCGUCUUGACGAUCUGAUCUGUGCAGUGAAUCCAAAUUGUUAAUUUUGUGAUUGACUAGAUCGUGGUGUGGUAAAAAGUGUACCGUGUGAUUCAUGAAGCACUCGUUAUUCUUACUUCUGGAUUGAGAUAACAGUGUGCGAUAAUGAGGAUACCUAGAAGAAGCAUGUGUUUCCUGGUGUUAGCUCUCCUGGCUCUGGUCGCCACGACGAGAGCCGACGAAGAGGAUGACCUGGACGACGUCGGAUUUGAAGACGAAGAAGAUUUGGCCGACGAUAAGAUAUCCACGUCGUUGAACGUCGAAGGUGGAUUUUUUGAGAAAAAGGAACUGGAGAUCAGGAAUGCGGUUCUCAGCGCUGUCAAAGUGCCGGAGAAACAGGCUCAGCUGAGCCAAGUGUUGCCCAUAAUUCGGAGCAUGUCACCGCCCCAAAAACGAGCAAUGGCCGUUUUGGUCACAACAAGAAUGUCUCACAAUGACACAACGCUGCCAUUCGAUAAGGUCGAAUCGCUGUUUGGCGGUGACGAUAGGAAGAAUGUGUCGAGGGAUUUAAUGCUGCCGAUCAGCAUGGAUAUCGCAAAAAUCAUCGCUGACGAUAUCCCCGAGGAUUUGCCAGAGGCACAGGAACUAAGGUACUACGUACCUGUUGGAAAAAGACGGCGUCCUCAGUAUUAUUCCAAGCCUCGACGCCCGUCGACGAUGAACCGACGAAAUGUGCAUCCAGACGGACCUCGACCGACUCUUCCGAGACCAGGAAGACGACCAACGGAAGUAAAAAGAAGUCCCACCGAGCAAGAAUGCACUUUUUUCACGUCGACUGUUUGCCUUGAAGCUGCGGACUACCCUCACGAAGCGAUAUUGAGAAGCAUCAGAAGUAACAGGGAAAUGAUAUCUGCGCUACUCGCUGACUACAAGUCUCAGAGCACCGUGGAAUCUUACGAUGACAGACUUCCGAUUGCUCUACCGUUGGAGAAUAAAUUCGAAAACAGAUUCGAAAGCAACGAGAUCAAGAGAUCGGACAAUAAUUCCCCCUACGCAGAGAGCGUCGAGGAGGGAUUCACCUGUCCGUCACAGAUCAGGUACGCACGCCCGCAACUCGCGAGAGCAGCAUCCGGUGACUGGAAGUACAUCAUCAAUACCGGUGAACACACGCAGACGCUGAGGCUGGAGAAAUGCACAAAACCUCAGAGCAGCUGCUCCUUCGUGUCUGAGAACUACAAGUCAUCGUGCACGCAAGUGUUCAACUACCACCGUCUGCUCACCUGGGACACGAACCUCGGUCUGCACAUGGACAUCUUCAAGAUCCCGACAUGCUGCAGCUGCCAUGUUCUCGGUUACUCGGACCUGUAUCCACCUCACCGUAAAAACCCUCCCUCAAAACUGAACGAAAAGUUUCCCGGGGUCGAGUUCGUGGCCGAAGACCAAGCCGACAAAUAUCGCGAUUUUAGCAACUCCGGGAACAAUUUCAUCUCGAAGAAGAGUCCCAGCGCCAAUUUCGAGUCCAGCUUUAUCAGCGGUGGUUCGAGCCCUUCGUACGUCGACGACGCGGCUUCCAGCUCCAACUACAACUUCUUCGAGAAGAAGCCAAGCCCAAAUACCACACCGACUACUCGACCCAUCUUCACUCCCACCCUGAGGACCAGGGCGAAGAAGCCCUCCGGGGCUUCAAGGCCUUUUGACAAUCUGCCACAGCAGCAUGCACCCAAUACCAGAGCCCCUGGGUACACGGGCCCCGCGACGAAGCACAGACCGAGGCCCAACAGACCCUUCAGAAGGGAGUCUAAUACCCAGCUCGACUAUCCAGGCAAUCAGGAAGUGGAUGCAACCAGCAAACGGUAUAGUCAACAAUUUGACCAAGCCGUUGACGCCACUACCCGGGUUCAGGGCGGAUCCUACAACGAGGAAUACGAUGACCCCCCGCGCAGAGUAAAUUACAACUAUCAUCCGAUAAUAGAUUUCUUCAAGCCGGAAGCCUCGAUGCUUCAGUCUGUUCAACCGCAAAUGGCUACGCAGCCAUCGCCAGUGCAAAGUUCCAACGCUUGGAAGCCGAUGAUUUCGGCUUAGGAAACCGAUACUGUUUUCAAACGUACCUGAAAUUUUUUAUAAGAUAUAUAUUUAUUCGCGACCAGAUCAUACACGUGUUUCCAUACGAAUUCAAAGUCCUCCCAUGCUAUGAUUAUACUCUGUUCUGUCGG